CCAGCAGUCAAUGCGAUUAGUCAGCACUCAGUUUCAAUAGCUUUACAGUUCAUACUGGUAGGAGUAUAUUACAGUGAAUAAUCCAUACUUGUUUCACAGAAAUUUGUACGGACUAUUUUGUCUAGUGUAUAAAGCAAAUAUAUCUACCUGUUAUAAGUGUUAAUAUUCACAGAAGAGAAUUACAAGCUUGAUUUCGAAUAGAUUAUUCUGCUGGAAAGGUUUAUCCAAGUUUACAGUAAGAACGCUGUAAAGUACAGACAAGAAAUCUCCCCUAUUUUCAACAACAGCCGCGCACAUGGUAUCGUCUACAAUUCACGCGGGUAUCUCGAGUCUGUAGCAGACGACAUUCUCACAGCAACUGUUGCAGAACGCGGGGUAUGAGCAGCUGGGAAAUUUGAUCGGCUGCUCAAACCUUGAUAGUUUGUGUGGUAUUAGGGCAGGAGGAAACAGCAAGUGGAUUUUGCUCUCGGUGACAAGAGGAGAGAACAUCUUUUGGUGUGACUGGAUGUGUUGUGAGCUGACAAGACAAAAAGAAACCACUGACAGUCAGGUAGAGUAGACGGCCAUGUUGACUGAGCCCGUGAGUGAAAUAUAUUGAUCCAUCUUGCUUUGGUAGCUUGUUGUUCGUGUAGCUAACAUGGAGUUGUUUGUGUCUGCGACAAAGACAAGAAUUAUGGAUAUCAUCAUUCGACUAACGCUGUUUUUGUGUUGUGUUUUAUCUGGAAAUUUCGUAAUGGCCGAGGAACCCGUGUGUACAGUGAAGGGUCGUGUUUACACUGAACUUAAAUGGUAUGGAUAUUUAGUUCAAAAACCAUUCCACCGAGACUGGGCUAAAAUUCAGUACCAAAUCACUUACCCCGUGAAGGAAUGUUGUACUAAUUUACUCAUUUAUUAUGACGAUCAAAUUAGACAGUUGAAGGAAGAUAUGACGUGUAAAGAAAGAGAAAAGAUUCUACCUGCUGAUAACAAUCAAAUUAUUCCACUUUAUAAAAACAAUCGCACGGUUGGUUGCAAUAUUUGGAAUGAAACCGGAGAGCCCUAUUACGUGUGCUUAGGAGAACGUAUUUUCCGUUCGAGUGGACCAAGAACAUGGUACUUUGCGUUGAGUCGUUGUGAUUCUGUGCAACCUUUGAAUCUGAAUUAUGUGUUCAAUGUAUCUGGAUUUUAUGGUGACUGUGAACAGGAUCCGUUAGGAAAAGCUGUGAUACCCCCUCUACCAGCACCAGAUCAGUUUAUGUAUGUGUCACUUGGUCUUGGAAUAGUUGCUGGAGUAGCCUUGAUAGCCGCUGCCGUAUUUUUCGCGCUGUGGUUUCUUGGGAGGCGAAGGAGUAAAACUAAGGGUAGUUCGGUGACAUCAAGCCAGGCAACAAUGACACAAGACGAUGUAUUUUACGUCAAUCCAUCGUUGUCGGAUCAGGGACAAACGGAUUACAGCCAGACUAGCUCGGAGAAUUAUUAUGAAGUUAUUCCCGAACGUAGAAGCUAUGAAAGUAUUAAUACUAAUAAUUUAGCGGCCAUACAGGGUCAAUCGCAUGCUCAUGCUCUGGCUUUAGCUCACCAUAAUCGUCACCUGACAAAUGUAAAAGACUUUAGACCUUUUCAUCACCAACAAAUGUCGUUGUGUGUUGAUGACUACCCACCUCCUCCUUAUCAGCCUCCUAGAAUGUUACAUGGCAUGCCUAAACACCACACCUUGCACCACCCUCCUCAUCAUCACCCCCACCACGGCCAUCAUCCGCAUCUACACCCACAACAAUACACAAUUCACAGAGACAGAGCCAUGUUAGCCAAUACCUCAAGUCAGCCAUUACCAACACACACAGAAACCAGUGCUUAAACAUUUAACACUUAAAGUGCGUUUCGAUUUCAGAACAUUUCUGUUGAUUGUGUAAAUGGAAAACCAACGUGGCUGUUAAAUAGAAUUUUUGGAUGUGAAUAUGUGUAGUAUUAUUCAUAACAUGGUUACAAUGUGCUGUACUAUAGAUGAAUAUUCAUGUAACGAAGUUAAUGUGUGAUAAACUAUGUAUUAUAUGAGACCAUUUGUCAUGGAUACAAUGAGGUUUUUUCUGUGUUGAUAAUUUAUGAAAUGGCAUAACGUGCUGUGACAGUGACACCAACUUUUUGUGGAAAACGUAAUUGGUCUUGAAAAUUAAUACUUUUACUGUUGCAUUAGUAUAUAUUUAUUCAUUUUUUACUGAUUAAUAUUGAAUUCUAAUGAUGUCUGUGCUUUGUUUUGAAUGGCAUAAUGUGGAGACAAUAAGUGAAUUGAAUACUAAUUAUUGUUACUCUAGUGACACAAUCGUUUGGAACCGUACGUAGAACGAUAUUUUCUUUAAUAAAAGAACAGUGGUGUCAGAAGUGGAUAUUUAGUUUUUAGAACAGUAACUAGUUUAAUUUAAAAUCUUGUGAUUUAAUAAACCAUAGAACGUUUUAAGAAAAUAAAUUUUGCAUAAAACUACUAAAAGGGAUUUAAUAGUAUACGGUACUGUAAAUAUAGUGAUAAAUAUAUUAUAUAUUAAAAUCUAAUCUAUAUUCAUGUAUAUGUACACACUGUAUUCACAACCAUAUAUGUGAUUGUUUAUAAAAACCCAAAUGUAUAUUGAUAUAUUUUGUACAUAUCAAGAAAAAUUCAGAGUUUGUAUGAACAUUUUUCAUUGACCGAUAACUUGCCAACUUACAUUCGAUUUAAGUUUCCAAUAUUGUUCAAUCAUCAUACCCCUCAUUAUUAAGUUUUAUAUUUCGUUUCGUUUUUUUUUUUUUUUAAUUUUCAAAAACAAAACAAAACCAUUUUUGAGCUUUGCAUUCAUUUCCUCAUUUUUCCUUCACAAUCACACUAUUUUCUUCACUUUUGUAAAUACAAAUGUUUUAUAUAAAAAAAAACUAAAACUAACAGAGGACUUCAAUAACCCCAAUUUAAUUUACAUAACUCAAAUGUAUUGAUUAUUUCAUAUU